AUGGCUUGCGUUGCGGAGGACCAGAUGACGACCUUCGACUUUGAGGAGCGCAGCGCAUCCGCGAAUCCCUGGGACGUCUACGCCCAAGCUCGGGAGAAGGUUGAUUUCGAGGCGGAGGAGGACAAAAAGUACAUGGUGGACAAGGAUGGCAUCAUCCGGUCUGUCAAAAACUUGAAAAGUCUCAGCAACGUCCGGUGGGUCAUUCUUUCCCUGGGCGGCAAUGAUGUGUACCUCAACUCCGGGGUCAAGACGAGGUUGGUCAACUCCCUCGUCCCGGGGUCGGAGGGCGUGCGGAAGGAGGUGGCCAAAGAGUUCGGCGCGCGGCUGAAAAAGGCGGCAGAGCAAGUUCAGAAGGCAGCGCCUGACGCCACGCUGGUCCUCGUGGUGCCGUACCAGCCCCACGAGGAGUUUUCGUUGCUGGCGGGUGCGCCGAUCAACGACGAGGGGUCGCGUAUCUACGGGGACUUCUUGGGGGAUGGCGCCCGUGGCCUCGAGAGACAGCUCCUUCCCGACCUGGUCACGCCCAUGGUUACGGAGAUCCUGACGCUGGCCCAGGAUCUGGAUUGUCCGGUAAUUGACCUGUCCCAGACCUUUGAUUCCAGCAUGGAGGAGCAUUACGGCACUGGAGAGAUUGGUCGCGUCAACAGCCUUGGCACGCCCUGGAGUGGGGCCGAGCCCAGCGAUGUCUCCAGCAAUUUCAUCGCACAGCUGAUCGCCAAUGCCAUUGCGCAGGGGAAAAAGUCCGUGCUCUACAGCGGGAACCCUCGACAGGAAGAGAGAGGCUGGUCGCUGCGAGUCAAGGAGGAAGUCAACGACUGGAUCCUUGCGGAAGACUAUCGCUUCGGCGGUAAGACACGAAGUCGGCUAAGCAGCAAACCAGGUAAGCCCAUGUUCCAGCUCGAUGCCUUCCAGUCCUUUGCCCUCGGGGCGGGCCUGGUCAUCGCUAUCAACUCGGCGCUUCUGUUGCAAGGCAACAACCCGCUCUUCUUUGACCGGAGCGAGUUUGAGCAGCAGCUGAAAUCGCAGGGACUCAAGGCCCCAGGGACAGGGGAGGAGUCAUAUUCUGCUCGACCUAUCCGUAGGCGUAGUGCCAACAUUCAAGACUGCAUCAGGCAAAUACGUCGACAGAGACAGCAAAGAGCACCAGGACGACGAGGAUGGAGGCAGCGACAACAACAGCAACGGCAGCAGCAACAACAACAACAACAACAGCAGCAACGGCAACAGCAUCUGCAACAGCACCAGCAGCAGCAACAGCAGCAACAGAAGCAGCAGCAACGAAAGCAGCAGCAGCAGCAGCAGCAGCGGCGGCACCAGCGCCAGCGGCACCGGCACCAGCACCAGGACAGCGACCAGCACCAGCACCAGCACCAGCCAAAAACAACAAAUUCACGGCAGCAACUGUUGCUGCUGCUGCCACAGCCGCAGCGAACAGUAGGACGACUACUGCUCGGAUUGCUACUACCAACAGUACCGCUCUUGCUCAUACGACCGACACUGCUACUUACUUCACUGCUACGGCGACUGCUCCUGCUCCUGCUCCUGCUCCUGCUCCUGCUCCUGCUCCUGCUGCUCCUGCUGCUGCUGCUGAUGCUGCUGCGGCUACGGCAACCUCUCCGGCUCCGGCACCUGCUCCUGCUUUGGUGGCGUGGUGGUGGUCGUGGUGGCAGUGUCAGAGAGGAAGAUGUUGUGAAUGAUGGCGAUGGUCACGGGAGUCAAGACUGUAUCAACGCCGUUUUGCUAUGGCCAUCGCGAUGGCGGCGGCACCGGCCAUGA